AUGGCGAUUAUCUCUGAGAUGCAGGAGGAGAGACCCUCGACUUUGCCGUUCAGGGCAAGUUUUGAUCCUUCAAACCCACUAGGGUUUUUGGAGAAAGUCCUCGACUUUAUUGGGAAAGAGAGCAACUUUCUGAUGAAAGACACGGCGGAGAAGGAGAUCGCCACUGCUGUUACGGCGGCGAAGGAGAGGUUGAGGGGAGCGGAAAAGAAGAAGGCGGAGAAGGACAGCUUGAAGCCCAUGGAGUUGAAGGAGAGUGUUCCUCCGAUGGAGCCCAUGGAGGUGGACAAGCCGAAGAAGGAGGAAACCUUCAAGCCAACGGAGUCCAUGGAGGUGGAGAAGCCGAAGGAAGAAGAAAAGCAAGAAUCUGGCCCUAUCGUUCCUAACAAAGGAAAUGGGCUUGAUUUUGAGAAAUACUCAUGGACACAGAAUCUCCAGGAGGUCACGGUUAAUAUUCCAGUGCCUAGCGGCACUAAAUCACGGUCUGUCACGUGUGAAAUCAAGAAGCACCGUCUGAAAGUUGGUCUUAAAGGACAAGAUCCAAUCAUCGAUGGAGAAUUCUUCAAUCCUGUCAAGCCUGACGACUGCUUCUGGAAUAUCGAGGAUCAAAAGGUCAUAUCGGUGCUAUUGACAAAGCAAGACCAGAUGGAGUGGUGGAAAUAUUGUGUGAAAGGAGAACCUGAAAUAGACACUCAGAAAGUUGAACCAGAGACGAGCAAACUGGGUGAUCUCGACCCAGAAACUCGCAGUACCGUUGAGAAGAUGAUGUUUGAUCAAAGGCAGAAGCAGAUGGGACUCCCAACGAGUGAUGAGAUGGAGAAGCAAGACAUGUUGAAGAAGUUCAUGGCUCAGCAUCCUGAGAUGAACUUCUCUAAUGCAAAGUUUAACUAGUUUGUAUUCAAUUUUUCUCUUCUCAUAAUGACAUUAUAAAAAAACUCAUGAUU